AUGCCCCUGAAGUCUCCGGUGCCCUUCCUCCUGGGCCACAGCCUCUCCAGAGAUGGCAUGGAUUCGUUCAGCAAACACUUUGAGAGCAUCAUGGAGUCCCACCGAGCCAAGGGCACGUCCUACACCAGCCUGGACUCCAUCGACAUCCUGUCCUCCCCUUCUCACACCCACACUGGCACCUACUUCACGUUUGACCUCCCCACCCUGACCCCAGAUAUGCAGGAGCAGAUUCGAGACAGUGCCAAGCUCAUCGAGCAGAACUUUGCCCCGCUGGCCCUCCUGGAGCCAGACUCUGGGACUAGCUCUGCCACAGACGCCCCCUGGACUGAGAGAGAGGAGGGCCCCCAGCCGGGCCGGAAGAGCCCCUGCAGCCGCUCGGAGGACAGCUCGGGGACCCCCCUGGCCUCCCUCGCCAGCGAGCAGCACCCUCUCAGCCAGCUGGUCUCCGACUCGGACUCCGAACUGGACAGCACCGAGCAGCUGGCCCUGGGGAGCACCGACACCCUCUCCAACGGGCACAAGGCGGACCUGGAGGCGGCGAGACGCCUGGCCAAGCGCCUGUACGGCCUGGAUGGCUUCAGGAAGGCAGACGUGGCCCGGCACCUGGGGAAGAAUAAUGAUUUUAGUAAGAUGGUCGCUGGGGAGUACCUGAAGUUCUUUGAGUUCGCCGGCAUGAGUCUGGACCAGGCACUCAGGUCCUUUCUGAAGGAACUGGCCCUCAUGGGCGAGACUCAGGAGCGGGAGCGAGUCUUGGCUCAUUUUUCCCAGCGCUAUUAUGAAUGCAACCCCAAAACCAUCUCUUCUGAGGACGGCGUUCACACCCUGACCUGCGCUCUGAUGCUCCUAAACACAGACCUUCAUGGACACAACAUCGGGAAGCGAAUGUCUUGCUCAGAUUUCAUUGGGAACCUGGAGGGGCUCAACGGAGGGGGCGAUUUCUCCCGGGAUCUGCUCAAGGCUCUGUAUAGUUCCAUCAAGAAUGAGAAGCUGCAGUGGGCCAUAGAUGAAGAAGAACUGCGCAAGUCCCUUUCAGAGCUGGCAGACCCCAAUCCGAAGUCCAUCAAGCGCAUCAGCAGCGGCAGCAACCCUUUCCUGGACUUCUCCCAGGACCCCAGCAUAGCCACUUACAAGCACGGCCUCCUGGUCCGCAAGAGCCAUGCUGAGCCCGACUGCAAAAAAACACCCAGAGGGAAGCGGGGAUGGAAGACGUUCCAUGGGAUCCUGAAGGGGAUGAUCCUGUAUCUACAGAAGGAGGAGUACAAGCCCGGCAAGGCCCUGGCCGAGGAGGAGCUGAAGCACGCCAUCAGCGUCCACCACUGCUUGGCCACCCAGGCCUCCGACUACAGCAAGAGACCCAACGUCUUCUACCUCAGGACGGCUGACUGGAGGAUCUUCCUCUUCCAGGCCCCGAAUACAGAGCAGAUGCACUCCUGGAUCACACGCAUCAAUGUGGUGGCCGCCAUGUUUUCUGCCCCACCCUUCCCAGCCGCCAUUGGGUCCCAGAAGAAAUUCAGCCGCCCUCUCCUGCCCAGCUCCACCACGCGGCUGUCUCAGGAGGAGCAACUGAAAAGUCACGAAACCAAAUUCAGAGCUAUGGCCGCUGAGCUGCUGGAGCACCACGCCUCCCUGCCCGAGAAGAAGGUCAAGGGCAAGGAGUGGGAGGAGCUGAAGCAGAAGGAGGAAUACCUGGUGUUUGAGAAAUCACGCUAUGGCAUCUAUGCCACAUUAAUGCGUGCCAAGCUGAAGACUGGCUCCGAAGACCUGGCGGCCCUGGAAGCUGCCCUGUUCAGCACCACCGCUAGCACUGAGGACCACCUCAAGAAGUCGCGGUCCAACCUUUCCGUCCACCAGGAGCCAACCGGCACCGGCCCCCGGGGGGUCAAGUGCAACCACCGACAAGCCACCAGCAGCCUGCAGAAGUCCUAGAAGGGCACCGGAGCCUGCCAGGAGGGUGGCUGCAUGACUUCAUUCUCCAGGGCCAGGAACUCUGCGGUCAGACUGAGUCCUCGGACAAUUUCACCAGCCAGCGAGAGGGCCUGUGGCCUCUCCUGCUCGCCCUCCCAGCCUGCACAGCCUUCCUCUGCCUCUUGGGACUGGGGAGCCUGCUGGGGUGAGUGAAGCUGCCCAAACCGCCCUCCUGCAUCGCAAGGCAGCAGGGCGGCUUUCCAGAGU